GAUCUGUACCAGUUUUCCAUUUGUGGACAAAGAGGGAGCUAAAAACACUGAACAUCAUUUCCAUUACCAUUAAGCAGCCACCGGCGAUUCUACGAUGGAUCCGCAAAACCCCGAUGAUAGUCUAGAGCAGCGUGUUGUGGCUUCAAUUGAGGAGAAAAUGAGGCUCAGACAGCUCACAGUCACAUCUGAUGUCGGAACUCACACUAUCUGUCCUUUUCCCGAUUUCCUCGUCGGCAUUGAUGAUGGGAUCCGAACGCCGCAAUUAGCAUCGUUCGGCCCCAUUCACUAUAGAGAAGACAAUCGGUUUGAAGAUCACAAGGUAGAUCUUCUUAACAAGUUUCUUUCUCGAACACAAUAUCUGCAAAGAGAUUUGCCGUAUUACGUUAACAAAUUGAAGGAUCUGAAAGAUGAAAUAAAAAGUCGUUACUCUCCAAAGAUCGUUUUGCCUCCUGACGAUAAGUUACUUAAUAUGAUGUUGUACGAUGGUUCUUUUAUGGUGGAGCUCUUCCGUAUGUACGAUGAGGGUACGGAUUUUAUGAUGCCUUCACGAUGGCAGAUCCCGACUCUGAUUUCCGAUCUGCUGAAACUUGAGAACCAGCUACCGUUUUGCGUUCUCAAGAAAUUGUUCGAGGAGUCUAACGUCGGUCAACACAAGUCGAUCCGCACUUUGCCUGAUCUUGCCUGGCGAUUCUUAAGUCAAACUUUCUGCAGAUCCAGAUCUUCAGAAAUGGUGUACAUUCAUGUUCAAGAGCCCAAGCAUUUACUGGACUUGUUUCGCCGGAGUCUCCUUCCGGCGACUAACUUCGAUGCACAACGAAGCAAACGCUAUGGUCUGACCCCGAUCCAAAGCGUGAAAUACCUGCGGAGCGUGGGAAUAACGGUGAGACAAAAGACGGCGAAAAGCCUAUUGGAGAUAGAUUUCAGGAAAUUCCAAAUCCCGCCUUUAGCUCUUAAAAUCCCGCCCCUGGCCAUUAACGAUUUCACAAAUGCCGUACUGGCCAACUGCGUUGCUUUGGAGCUAUGCUUCCCGGAUCAAUCCAAACAUUUCACUACAUACGUGUGCUUCAUGAGUUGCCUCGUGAAGCAACCCGAAGAUGUGGGGUAUCUUCGUUCUGCCGACAUUAUCGAAGGCAACGCAGAAGACGAGACAAGUUUCAUGAACAUGCUUAACAGUACCGGCAGAAAUGUGAGGUUCACUUUGAGAGAAUGCUACCUGUGGAAGCAGUUCCGGGAAAUUCACAGCUAUUAUAAUAGCUACUGGGCAUCGAUUAGGCGCAAUUUGUUACAGUAUAACCACUUCAUGCUGUAUUUUACUUUGCUGCAGGUUCUUGUUGGUAUCCUCAGCUGGCUUCUCCCUGGAAAGUAAGCUUCUUCCACUGAUUCCUAAUUUAUUUCUAUGCUAAGAGUUGCUGGAUUUAUCCAAAUAAAUCAAAUGUGUGAAACUAUAGCAUGUAACAUGUUUCUGCUUUCCAACUUCCCUCUUUGUACCGAAUCAAUCCAACUCGAGUAUUUAUCCCAGCAUUGCUUCUUAAUCAUUGGGGGUCCAGGGAAAGAAACUAAAUCAUCUUUUCCAUAGAAAUGAACACUCCCUAAAAACUGAGCUACCAAGUGACUAUUUGUCCUUAAUAAAAGAAAAAUGGAAAUCAGAUUUUGGUUUAAAAAGCCUACUUUACAAGCAAUUAAUAAAGCCUGAAAUCCGAGGAUGCAAUUAGACCUUGGCAAGAGGAGCAAGACAAUUGGUAGUGCAACAGAAACUAUUAGCCGAUGAGCACGGUGGCCGGAGAGAUAUUGUAUACAUGCAGAAGAUGGAUGUAACAUGGGAUAAGACGGCAGAAUUGUAUUUAUGGUUUAGACUAAUAUUUAAAUGAUUAAUAAAAGUUACCUAUGGUUAAGAGAUUGUUCCACUAUUUUA